CAUCUGUGGGCAUGACAUGGUCGCUCGCUUCCGGAGAGCAGCUCUGAAAUCUAUAUAGUAUAGUAGUCUGUCUCGUUCAGAGGGAUCAUCGCUUACUAAGAAGUACUCUAUUGCAAAUCAUUGUCUCUGAUAGGUUCAAAUUGAAUUAACCCACACGUGUCUCUCUAGUUUGUGUUUGCCUGGCUUCUUAAUUAUGGGAGGCACCAAGGAAGAGAAUAUUCGCCCUUUGCCUUUGCACGGACAUGUGGGCUUCGACAGUCUUCCGGAUCAACUCGUCAGCAAAAUCAUUCAGACCGGAUUCUCAUUCAAUAUUCUCUGUAUCGGUUAUCACCAUGAAGUAUCAGCGACUUCCGCAGCUCACUGUUCACGGGUCUAGGAUUUGGGUUUAAGGUGACAUUGACUGCUGCUAUCGAACGGAACGAAAAUCUGCAAUUUAUGGGGUUUUGCAGUGUUUGCCUAUUUGGAGGUGAAACAGGAAUUGGGAAGUCUACUCUCAUGGAUUCCCUCUUCAAUACCCGUUUCGAGAGCACUCCUUCAUCCCACAGUCUUCCCAAAGUGCAACUGAAAGCUCACACAUAUGAACUUCAGGAGAGCAGUGUAAAACUGAAGCUGACCAUUGUUGAAACAGAUGGAUAUGGGGACCAAGUAAACAAGGAUGAUAGCUUCCAAGCCAUUGUGGAUUAUAUUGAUUCACAGUUUGAAAGCUACCUUCAAGAAGAACUGAAGAUUAGAAGGAAUCUCUCUUUGUAUCAUGAUACAAGAAUUCAUGUGUGCCUCUAUUUCAUAUGCCCAACUGGCCAUGGGCUCAAAGCAAUUGAUCUUGUGUGCAUGAAGAAGCUUGACAAGAAAGUGAACAUAAUUCCUAUCAUUGCAAAGGCUGAUUGUGUUUCCAAAGGCGAACUUCAGAAAUUCAAAACCAAAGUGAUGAGUGAGAUAGAGCAAAAUGGAGUCAAAUUGUACCAAUUCCCACUGGAUGAUGAGACUCUGGCUGAAGUUAAUCGUGGGAUGAAUUCCCAUGUCCCAUUUGCAGUUGUUGCCAGUUCUGAUUUUGUCAAGACAGGCAACAAAAUGGCAAGAGCUCGACAGUAUCCUUGGGGAAUUGUCCAAGUCGAGAAUGAAUCUCACUGUGACUUUGUCAAGUUGAGGGAAAUGCUUGUAAGAACAAACAUGGAAGAUCUGCGUGAAACAACUCACUCCGUUCACUAUGAGCUUUAUAGGAAGACCAGACUUCAGCAGAUGGGUUUCAGUGAUGUUGAUGGGAAUAAUGAGCCACUUAGCUUCCAGCAGACAUAUGAACAGAAAAGGAGUCUCCAUCAGGCAGAACUUCAAGCCAGAGAGGAUGAAAUGCGUCAAAUGUUUGUGAAUCGAGUCAAGGAAAAAGAAACAGAGCUCAAGGAGAAUGAAAAACAGCUUCAUGCCAAGUUUGAGAACCUGAAGAGGAAGCAUAAUGAAGAUAAGAAACGCCUAGAUGAGGCGAGGAAGAAGCAUGAGGAAGACAUACUUGAAUUCCAAAAACGGAAGAAUCAAAUUCAAGCAAGUCAACACCAUUCACAUUCAUCCACAUCUGCUCUGCAUACAUUGACCCUUGGCAAAAGCAGAAAGAAGUGAUGGAAGCCCUUGACGUCACCAGGGUGUUUUUUUGGAGACUAUUGCUUACUGUAUAUCCACUACUGCAUUUCUCAUACUGUGUUGUUCUCUUACACAAGAAUGCAUCAUGCACAUGAGUGCAUCAUUUUCAUAUCAGUCACUGUCAGUUAUUUUGUCCUUUACUUAUUAUUAUGGUACUUUAUGCUUUA